AUGUAUGGAUACUUGUAUCAGGUAGCCAUCUUCAUCCUCCCACCACAUCUUCAGAUUUCCAAUAUCAAACUGAUCAGUCAACAAACCUCCACCUUAGUCUCCUUAAGCAGUCAUCGUGAUUUCCAGAAGUACGAGGUAACAUUGCAUGCUGCCGCUCCGCCACCUGGGCCGUGGCCUGCGACCGAUCCGCACUGCUCCGGCCCAGGUCGCCUGGAAGGGAAGAUGACACCUUUCGCUGCUGCACCCCCUAUGAUCCGCAUUAGCUUUUUGUCCUCAUCUGCCAAGCUACACUCUGGACACGAAUUCCAGCCCAUCAACCCUCAACCGCGUGGUUCAAACGUCUCACCACUUUCCUUCUUGCCGAUCGCCCUUGAUUCUCCCUUCAUCUUUUUCCUUGCCCCUCUAACCACCACCCAAUUGCCUAUCCUGAGGACCGCACGGAACGGUCAAAGUUUCUGCCUCCUAUCACGAUUUGCCACCAACUACCUUAUCUGCGCACAUCCAUCGGCUUCUGCUCAAGGAUUCUUGCCUGUGAUUUCCAUCACAGUAACAAUUCGACGUCCCAAGUAUCUGACACCCUCCUUCGUGGGUGGUUGGACAACCGUUCUUGCUGUCGCCGGUGUGGCAGGCUACCGGUACUACAAGAAGAAUUACGCGACCGCGAAACCAAAGCCAAAGUCGCCUGCCCCCAAUGUUGCUCCGCGAAAGCAACAACGAGCAAAGAAGCAACGCCAGGAAACUUUCACCUCGACCGCGCAAAAAGCUCAAGCCGAAGCGCCCAAUUCCAAGCCGUCUGCCUCAACUGUUACGCAGUCUAACAAUGAACCCGAUGAUUCUAUUGAUAACAAGGACUUUGCGAAGAUGAUGGCCAGUGUGCAAGAGGGCAAAAAGUUUGCCGCCAAAGCUGGCAACGACAAGAAGCGGCAAAAGUCUGUCAAGCAGUCCCGGGCUGCCGAGGCCGCCAACUUGGACGCCGUGAAGGUGGAGCAACCGUCGGCUCCGUCUUCAACUGGCGGUGUCGAUGCCGAUGACGACGCCUCCCCCGUCGCCUCCUCCGUCGCGUCUCCCGAGGUGGCACCCGCCGAUCCCGCCGGCAUCAGCGAUAUGCUUGAACCGGCUCCCUCCGGUCCCUCGGUCCUUCGACUGACUGACACCGACAAGGAGAAGCAAGCCCGGAAGGCGACCAAGUCGUCCGAAGCGACAAAACCAGAAUCGAAGAAGCAGCGCCAGAAUCGGAAAAAGGCCGAGGAGCGCAAAGCCAUUCGCGAAGCCGAAGAGAAGGAGCGCAAGGUUCUGAUGGAGAAGCAGCGUCGCGCGGCCCGCGAGGCGGCUGGCAUCCCCGCUAAGGACGGCUCGCAGUUCAUGGCCGCUGCCAACGGUGGCAAGUCCGCCUGGACCUCCGGCGCCCCCAACGGCACCACCGUCGCCGUCCAACCCCUGGACACCUUUGAGCCCUCCAGUGGCGACGCUGCCCCGAAAGAACCUGCCACCAACGGCCCUGGUUCGACCGAGAAGUCGUCAGCUCCGGCCAAACUGGAUGAGAGCUGGAUCACGGCCAUUCCCUCCGAGGAGGAACAGAUGGAGAUGCUCAAGAGCGAAGAGGAAGAAUGGAACACUGUCCCUACCAAGUCGUCCAAGAAGAGCAAGAAGACCAGCGCGCCUAAGGAGGCAGCCAGCGCCCCCGCAGCCGAGUCCAAGCCUGCCGCACAGGCCUCCGUCAAGCCGUCGGUCCCCGUCAAUGGAAACCGGGCCAAGUCCGCACAGUCGCUCGGCUCGUUUGCUGCUCUGACUGUCCAAGGUGGCAAUGCUGCUGAUGACCAGGAGGAGGAGCAGGAGUGGGAUGUCUAA